CAAAUGACCUAAAGUUCAUUCACAAUCUCAGUUGUAUCUACUGAUCUUAUUUUGUAACAGGCAGAAUGAAGUGUCCACCCUGGCCUAAAGGAAAGAAACUGGUCCACCUGGAUUUGAAAGGUGCCCCCCCGAGGGUGGAAUAUCUUCACAGGCUGAUGGAGCUGUUCUCUCAGCUGGGAGUGGACGGCCUGCUGGUGGAGUACGAGGACAUGUUUCCUUAUGAGGGGGAGCUGAAAUUGCUGCAGGCCACAGCGCAGCCCGCUUACAGCCGAGAGGAGGUGUUAUCUCUGCAGGACUUUGCCAGAUCUAAAGGCAUGGAGGUCAUCCCACUUGUGCAGACUUUUGGUCAUAUGGAGUUUGUGUUGAAGCAUCGGCCCAUGUGGAGCCUGAGAGAGGUGCCACACUGUGUGGGCACGCUGAAUCCACACAAAGAGGAGGGGGUGAGGCUGGUGAUGGAGAUGCUGAGGCAGGUGGUGGAGCUGCAUCCAGGCUUAAAGACACUGCACAUUGGAGCAGACGAGGUGUACAUGCUUGGAGAGGGAGCGGAGUCCAAACUGUGGCUGGCCUCACCUGGAUGUACAGUGGAGCAUCUUUUCUUGAGUCAUGUGACCAAGGUGGCUCAGGCCAUCAAGGAGGCGUGGCCACACAUGACCAUCAUCAUGUGGGAUGAUAUGAUGAGAGGCAUGAGCCAGGACACACUAAAAGCUAGUGGUCUAGUGGGACUCGUCCAGCCCAUGUUGUGGGACUACACCCCUGAUCUGGAUGUGGACAGAACUGUGUCUCUGCUGGAGAAGUACUACAGUGCUGGUAUGUCAGAUGUUUGGGCAGCCAGCUCCUUUAAAGGCUCCACCAGUGUUUACACGUGUGUGCCGUGCACGCAGAGACACGUGGACAAUCAUGAGCAGUGGCUGAAGGUGGCUGCAUCUGUAUCUGCCGGUGUCAAUCUGCAGGGCAUCGCCAUCACAGGCUGGCAAAGGUACGACCACCUGUCAGUGCUGUGCGAGCUGAUGCAUGUGGCCCUUCCAUCGCUCGCAGCCUGUCUCCAGACUCUCCACCACGGUCAGUUCAGCGCUGAGGUUCAGAGCAAAGUCACUGAGACUGGGAUCUCCUCGGUGGAGGUGGAGGCCAUGGAGAGGACUUCUGCAGGCGACUCGCUGUUCCCAGGAAGGAGGCUGGUGGAGUUAACUGUAGAACUCAAUUCACUGCUGAACUCUGAGGACAUACGAUUUUUUGAAAACAACAUGUUUGUAAGAGGAUGGGUUCAGCCCCUUCCACCGGCAGAGGAAAAUGGUAACCCUCUCAUUGCAAUGCAAGUUCACAGCCAGGCAUCAAUGUAUUUGACUACGUUAGAAGAGAAGGUGGAGGAAGUGAAGGCAGAGAUGGUGCGUUUUUACCCAGAGUCAACAGCCCAGGAGUGGAUAGAGGAACACGUCAGCCCUGUGGUGGUUCCUCUGCAGAGGAUAACAGAGGAGAUCAGAGCCUGUGUCAAUGAGAUGGUGCCCUAAAAUAUUCAGAAUCAACUGCUUUUUCGAUCCAGUACUGCUCUCCGCAAUUUUUUUGUGAACAGCACUGAAAUUAACAGGAGUGACUUUAUAUUUGCACUUAACCAAGGGCAAACUGCUGUGUGUGUAAAUUGCACUAAUUGUAGCAAAGAAAGGAAAUAAUAUUAGAAGAAGGCUUUGAGUUUAACUGUAAAAGAAUUUUAUAUCAUUCCUCCAAAUGUAUCACAGUAAACAAAGACAAUAAAAUCAUCAAACAACAUUUUAAAAAAUCAUCUAAUUUUCUUUAAAGCACAGCAGAACACAAUAAAAUUCACCACCAGCCUUUUAAAGGGAUACUUUUUUUGAAGUUGGGGUGUAUGGGGUGUUUAUCCAUAGACAGUGUAUUACAAAUAGUAAAUGUCACUUUUCAGAAAAAAAGAAAAACAGUUUGUCCAAAACACCAAACAGUUUGCCUGAGAGUGAGUCUUUGGUUCCCAAAAAGUAUAUAAAGGUUAAAAGACAGACCAGCAACAGGCCAAAGCAUUUCGCAUAUAAUUAACUCAUGAUUGAGCCUUGAGAGGCACUCAUGCUUGAUUACAGUUUUCACAUCCGGAUUGCGCACCAGGUUUUGAAAAAAAAAACAUGCAGAAAGGUGAUUAUCAACUGGGUGGUCCAUGAAAACUGUGGGAAAAGCACUUUCCAUUGACUUACACACAAACACGUAUUAGAGUUCAGUAGGAAGGCACAAUAUCUAUAAUC